AAUCACUCAGAGCGGACAUCAACACAGAGGCUUAAGUUAGAGUUUUUUGUUGUGCAGGACAAGUAUGGAUUUAAUGGAAUUGUUUUUCAUCACUCUUGGUGCUGUAGUCAUUGUCCACUAUGGAUUAAAACUGCUGCUUUUCAGUAGGAUGCUUUUCCCAAGCAUAUGUUUUCCACUGUCACAGUCUUUUUUCAACUCUUUGGGAGAGUGGGCAGUGGUGACUGGUGCUUCAGAGGGAAUAGGAAGAGCAUAUGCAUUUGCACUGGCUGAAAAAGGGAUGAACGUGGUAAUCAUGAGCAGAACUAAAAUAACACUGGACCAGUUGGCUAAAGAAAUAGGUGAUACCACAGGGCAGCAGGUGAAAGUGAUCGUAACAGAUUUCAUGAAGGACAACAUCUUCAGUGAAAUCGAGGAUCAGAUUAGGAGCCUCGACAUUGGGGUUUUAGUCAAUAAUGUAGGAAUGCUGCCCAGCUUCAUCCCCUGCAAAUUCCUUGAGACUGCACACCUGGACCAGACAAUCACAACAGUGAUAAACUGCAAUGUGAAAACCAUGGCAAAGAUGUGCAAAAUAAUCCUUCCAGGCAUGGAGAGCAGGGGUAAGGGGGUCAUUUUAAAUAUUUCGUCUGGAGUUGCCUCUAUUCCUUUCCCCCUGUACAGCCUGUAUGCAGCAUCUAAGGUGUUUGUGGAGAGAUUCUCUCAAGGUCUUCAAGCAGAAUACAAAGAUAAAGGGAUUAUUAUACAGACAGUGGCUCCAUUUGGGGUCUCCACUCGAAUGACAGCAUAUCAAGCACCCAACGUAGUAACUCUGUCACCAGAAGAGUUUGUAAAAAGCUCCCUGCUGUACCUCCGAGCUGGAGACAAAACACAUGGAAGUGUCUGUCACAUAGUUCUGGGCUGGUUACUGCAGUCUAUUCCUCUCAAAGUAUUGUAUGCGGAGGCUAUGCUAUGCAGCCUACAGGACUAUGUGAAGAAGAAAGCAGCACUGAAGGUGUCCAUCUGUGCAACUUCAAAUUUUGAACAUAUUAAAAAUAAAUAACCUAUAGCCAUGAUAUUUCUGUAAAUCAAUUAUAAUUAUGGAACUAGUGUUGACAAACCUAGGUUUUCUGUUUUUUGGGGGACUAUUGUAACUUGUGAACAUUACUUGAAAUGUGUUUCUAAUACUCCAGUGAAGUAUUCAUUUUCUGUAUGUGAAUAGGAAGCUCUUAAUAGAAUACAUUUAAAUACAUUGAAAUACUCCUUUAAAAGGCUCAGUGUGUAGAACAUAUAACCAUUCUUAGUUUCAGGUGAUUAUACGAUAGUUAAAUAGAUAAGAACUAGGACCUUUAUUGUCCCUGCAAUGCUCAUAAAAGGUUGGAUUCUGCAGAAAUGUUUCUCAAUGGUGAUAAGCUCUUCUUUUCUUUUCUUUUCUUUGUGACUGAUCGAUGGUAAGGUUUUUGAGCAAUAACCUGUCUUAGUUCUGAUUAAACCCAGCAAACAAACAAAUAAUUCACACCCCUCACACCUUCAGCACCAUACACACUCUAAAAUACAAGACAUGGCUUUGAUGGGCAGAUGCAGACACGCAACUGUUUGAAUAUGAAUGUCCUACCAAGAUGUCUGACCUAAAGAGUCACUUAUCAUGGGUUGACCAUGCUGUUUAGACAGCCGUGAUGAAUGAUCCUCCCCAUGAGAGAUAGUGCAGGGAAUACGAAAAUCGGCUUGAGAAAGAUCGAGAAAGAGAGAGGGGGUAGGUCAGAGUGACCCCGAGUUUAGAUGAUCUAUGCCUGCGCUGUCUGUUCAAAAGAUAAUAACAGCUUUUCACAUGAGUAUAGUCUUUAUUUAUGGCAUGUGAUGCUUAUUGAGAAAGUGUUAUUCACAAAAAAAACAUCUAAAGAUAAGCAUUACAGAGAAGAAAAUGAAGCAACAUAACACCUGAAAACACAUUCAUAUAAAUAUCAAAUAUAUUAGAUAUUUUAUUUUAUAACACGUUAUAAUGUAUUCUACUACUGUGGUGGUGGUGAUGUGUGUGUGUGUGUGUGUGUGUGUGUGUGUGUGUGUGUGUGUGUGUGUGUGUGUGUGUGUGUGUGUGUGUGUGUGUGUGUGUGUGUGUGUGUGUGUGUGCGUGUGUGUGUGUGUGUGUGCGUGUGUGUGUGUGUGUGUGUGAUUUCAUUAGCAAAGGCCCAUGCAAACUAAAAAAAUGAUUAUAUUUUUGGUUUUUUUAAUAAUGGAGUUUCUUAGUAAGGGAUUUUAGUUGUUGCUAUCACUUUGCUGUAUUGGAUUUGUAUUGGUUUCAUUUUCGUUUCUUAGAAUGUAUAUGUAUAAUGGUCAAUCUCUAAAUAUACUUUUGUAAGUGUUUUAAGAUUGGAAAUGUAAAAGCGCAUUCUGACAGAUCCCUAAAUAUUGAGUAUCUGUAAAUAUUUAUCUUCAAACAUCAUGAUGUUUAUAAAAACUUAAAAA